GUAGAGGCUGGUUUACCAGGCCGGGUCGGAGGUCGAGCACCUCCUGUUGCCGGCCGGCUCCACGGCACGAAAGCAGUUGCCAUGACCAGACUGGGCAGGGAUUCAUCUCCGCGGGCGACUGGCUCGAGUCAAGCAGCCGACUCGCAGCGUGUCAACAGAGCCGUCGGCUUCGCUCAGGCUCAGUCUCACAACUCGACUGGCCGAUAG